AUGGAUAUUGAUAAGUGUAUAGAACAAGUGAAAGGUGGUGAUAUUCUAAGUGAACAUGAUUUAUUAGAACUAUGUUUUACAGUAAAAGCAAUUAUGGCAUUAGAAUCGAAUGUUCUUGAAAUUAAAACACCGGUAACAGUAUGUGGAGAUAUUCAUGGUCAAUUCUAUGACUUAUUACGACUUUUUGAAAUUGGAGGAAAUAUUCCAGAUGUACAAUAUUUGUUUAUGGGUGAUUAUGUUGAUAGAGGAAUCUAUUCAAUAGAAACUAUUACAUUUUUAUUAUUACAUAAAGUAAAAUAUCCAGAUAGAAUUCAUUUGUUAAGAGGGAAUCACGAAACAAGAAUGAUUACUCAAGACUAUGGAUUUUAUGAUGAGUGCAUUCAAAAAUAUGGUAAUCCUGCUGCUUGGACUAUUUUCAUGGAUGUAUUUGAUUAUUUUAAUGUUGCGGCUGUUAUUGAUAAUUCUAUUUAUUGUGUCCAUGGAGGACUUUCACCAACACUAAGAACUAUUGAUCAAAUUAGAUAUUGUAUUGAUCGUAAUGAAGAGGUCCCACAUGAAGGAUCAUUCUGUGAUUUAAUGUGGUCUGAUCCUGAAGAGAAUGAAAAAGGAAUGAGAGUAAGUUCUAGAGGAGCUGGAUAUCUUUUUGGAAAGAAACCAGUUGAUGAGUUUUGUCAAAUUAACAAUAUACAGUUGAUUGCUCGUGCACAUCAAUUAGUUAUGGAAGGAUAUAAAUAUCAAUUUGAAAAUAAAUUGGUCACUGUGUGGUCUGCACCAAAUUAUUGUUCACGUUGUGGUAAUAUUGCUUCUAUUAUGAAAGUAAAUGAGAAUUUAGAACGUAACUUUACAUUAUUUGAUGCUGUUUCUGAUGAAGAAAAACCAAUUCCAAAGAGAGUUGUUGCUUCUAUGUUUAAUUGA